AUGGUAGCACUGAUUUAUAACUUACUUAAACUUGCUUUCCAUUGUUAUAAUAAUGCUAGUUGUAUAUUCCAACAUAGUAAACCAUCUUCACCUAAUAGUGUUGAAGAAGAUCCAACAGGAAAUAGAGAAGCUACUACCAGAGCAAAUUCAAAUACAGUCUCACGAUAUGAAGCUGAUUUUAUAAUGGAUAAUGAUUCAAAUAAUUUUAAAGAAUUAAGAGAUUCUAUAAUAACUGAUCGAAGGCUAUCAGAAGCUAAUAAUUCCAUUAAUCAAAUACCCCCUUCCCCUCCAUCUCAUAAGAAUGAUAAUAAUCAUUUUAUAAAUUAUCAAUAUCAAGAAAUUCAAAAAAAUUCACUUAUAAGAUUACCCACCGAAAUUUUAUUACAAAUAUUUCAUAAUUUGGAUAGAAAAGAAUUAUAUGCUUUAUUAACAGUUUGUAGAGAAUUUGCUGAUUUAAUUAUUGAAAUUCUUUGGUUUAGACCAAAUAUGCAAAAUGAUUUAUCAUUUAAAAAAAUUAAAGAAGUUAUGGAAAUUCCAAAAGAAAAAACUCAUUGGGAUUAUCGUCAAUAUAUUAAAAGAUUAAAUUUAUCAUUUAUGACUAAAUUAGUUGAUGAUGAUUUAUUAUCAUUAUUUGUUGGUUGUCCAAAACUUGAAAGAUUAACUUUAGUUAAUUGUACAAAAUUAACUCGAAAACCAAUUACUCAAGUUUUAAAAAAUUGUGAAAAAUUACAAUCAAUUGAUUUAACAGGUGUAACUGAUAUUCAUGAUAGUAUAAUAGAUGCAUUAGCUGAGAAUUGUUUAAGAUUACAAGGUUUAUAUGCUCCUGGUUGUGGUAAUGUUUGUGAAGCUUCAAUAAUUCGAUUAUUAAAUUCUUGUCCAAUGUUAAAAAGAAUUAAAUUUAAUAAUAGUGAAAAUAUAACUGAUCAAUGUAUAUCAGCUAUGUAUGAAAAUUGUAAAUCUUUAGUGGAAAUUGAUUUACAUAAUUGUCCAAAUGUUAGUGAUUUAUAUUUAAAAAAUAUUUUUAAUGAUUUAUCUCAAUUAAGAGAAUUUAGAAUAAGUAAUGCAGCAGGUAUAACUGAUAAAUUAUUUGAAUUAUUACCAUCAAGAUAUUAUUUAGAAAAAUUAAGAAUUAUUGAUAUAACUGGUUGUAAUGCUAUAACUGAUAAAUUAGUGGAAAAAUUAGUUAUUUGUGCUCCAAGAUUAAGAAAUGUGGUAUUAUCAAAAUGUAUGCAAAUAACUGAUGCAUCAUUAAGAGCUUUAAGUCAAUUAGGUCGAAGUUUACAUUAUAUUCAUUUAGGUCAUUGUGGUUUAAUAACUGAUUUUGGAGUGGCAGCAUUGGUAAGAUCAUGUCAUAGAAUUCAAUAUAUUGAUUUAGCAUGUUGUACUCAAUUAACAGAUUGGACAUUAAUUGAAUUAGCAAAUUUACCAAAAUUAAGAAGAAUUGGAUUAGUUAAAUGCAGUUUAAUAACUGAUGGAGGUAUAUUAGAAUUAGUCAGACGUCGGGGAGAUCAAGAUUGUUUAGAAAGAGUUCAUUUAUCAUAUUGUACCAAUUUAACCAUUGGACCAAUUUAUGCAUUAUUAAAAAGUUGUCCAAAAUUAACUCAUUUAUCAUUAACAGGUAUAAGUUCAUUUUUAAGAAGAGAAAUAACUCAAUAUUGUCGAGAUCCUCCUCCUGAUUUUAAUGAAGCUCAAAAAAGUUCAUUUUGUGUAUUUUCAGGUCAUGGAGUUAAUCAAUUAAGAAAUUAUUUAUUUCAAGUUAUGGAAGAACAAGCUUAUCUGAUUGAACAAGGUGAUAUUCAUGCAUUAUUUCUUGAUCAAAGAAGAAGAUUGAUGAAUAAUAAUAACAUCAAUAAUAAUAACAACAACAAUAAUAAUAAUAAUAAUGAUGAUGAUGGAGAUGUUGAAAUUGAUGAUAAUAAUGAUAAUAAUAAUGGAGGUGGUAGAAAUGCAUGGGAUAGAAGAGCUGAAGGUUUAGGAUUAGAAGAUAUUGGAAUCCAACCUAUAUUUGAUUUAAAUCGUGAAUUAUUUCGAGAAUUAAAUGAAGGUAAUAUGAAUCCUGAAGAAAUUCAAGAACAUUUCCAAAGAUUAAUAUUGAAUCGUCAUCAACAACGAGUAUUUGCUUUUCAACAAGCUCAACAACAACAGGCUCAACAACGUCAACAAGGUCAAAGAGUAGGUGGUGCAGCAGCACCACCUCCACCAGCAAUACUUGCACCAGGACAAGUUGGUAGAGCCGGUAGACGAGGUAAUAAUGAUCGAAAUCCUGAAAAUGCUCCACAAAUCGAACAACAAGCUGUAUUUCCUAAUGAAGAUCCUAUAAUUCCUGAUAUUAAUGAUGAUGAAGAUGUUGAUAUGGAUCAAGUACCAUUAUUUCCCCGGAAUUGA